UCAUUUGUAUCUAGGCUGCUGAGAGCGCUCCUUGCUCUGUAAAGUGGAUGUCAGGUGGAUCUAUGUUUUUGAAGGAACAAAGACUCAGCGAAGGCAACGCCGAGGAAGUUUGAGACGCGGGAGGAUGCGGGCUGCGUGCUGGUACGUGCUUCUCCUCCUGCAGUCCGCCGUCUACUCGGUCACAUGUGCCAAUUUAACAAAUGGUGGAAAGUCAGAACUUCUAAAAUCAGGCAGCAGCAAAUCCACACUAAAGCACAUAUGGACAGAAAGCAGCAAAGACUUGUCUAUCAGCCGACUCCUAUCACAGACUUUUCGUGGCAAAGAAAAUGAUACAGAUUUAGACCUGCGCUAUGACACCCCAGAACCUUAUUCUGAGCAAGACCUCUGGGACUGGCUGAGGAACUCCACAGACCUCCAAGAGCCGCGGCCCAGGGCCAAGCGAAGGCCCAUUGUUAAGACGGGCAAGUUUAAGAAAAUGUUUGGAUGGGGUGAUUUUCAUUCCAACAUCAAAACAGUGAAGCUAAACCUGUUGAUAACUGGGAAAAUUGUAGAUCAUGGCAAUGGGACAUUUAGUGUUUAUUUCAGGCAUAAUUCCACGGGUCAAGGGAAUGUAUCUGUCAGCUUGGUGCCCCCUACAAAAAUAGUGGAAUUCGACUUGGCACAGCAAACCGUGAUUGAUGCCAAAGAUUCCAAGUCCUUUAACUGUCGCAUUGAAUAUGAAAAGGUUGACAAGGCCACCAAGAACACACUCUGCAACUAUGAUCCUUCAAAAACCUGUUACCAGGAGCAGACCCAAAGUCAUGUAUCCUGGCUCUGCUCCAAGCCCUUCAAGGUGAUCUGUAUUUACAUUUCCUUUUAUAGUACAGAUUAUAAACUAGUACAGAAAGUGUGCCCCGACUACAACUACCACAGCGACACACCUUACUUCCCCUCCGGGUGAAGAUGAACACGAGGUUGAUUGAGACUGAAGCCUGAGGAGUUAAAGGUCAUAUCACAGGGCUGUUACCUCAAAGAAGAAGGUCACGUCUGUUGCCUGGAAUGUGUCUACACUGCUGCUCUUGUCAACUGGCUGCAAACCCGCUAGUGGAAAACAAUCUGAUGUCAUUUCUGCCCAGUCAGCUUCAUCUCUCAGUAUAGUUGUAAAUCACCACAGAUUUUAAAGCCACACUUGAAGACAUGCUCUCACACAUAGACGUACACAAACACACACUGGUACACAUUUCAGCUGGCAUCUGUCACGAUUCCUGUCGAGAGGGCUUUCAUUGUCUGACUCAUAAUGGUUCAGGAUAAAAUAUCAGCAGGCAAAAGGAUUAAUUGACAGUGAAUGGUUUCUAACACUUGCUGUUGUGGAAAUCUCUUUUAAAGUCUUGAGUCCAUGCUAAUCAAUAGUUCCCCACUCAUGCAUUCUUACUGCUUGGAGUAGCUGUACUGGUAAAUACUACUAUAGGAGUAUAUGCUUGUUAAAAUGGAAAAAUUAUGUCUUUAGAGCUCAGUAUUCUUUAUUUUAUGAACAACAACAAAGUGUAGUAACUUUUUUCCAGCAUACAGUAGGCACAUUCAAGGUGAUAUAAGAUGGCUCUUUUUUCUGGGGAGGGAGCUUGUUCUCCGUAAAGAUGAGCCAACAUUUGGAAUUUACAUGUGGGCAGACACUGGAGUACAGCUUCCAUCACCAACCAUUGGACUUUUACAAAGUUGAGACCAGCUAAAGCUGCUUAAAACAAGUUCUGAUCAUUCUAUAAGAAGGGAAAUGCCUGACAGACACCAUGUAAGUUAUACGUGUCUGUCUUAUCUUUACUACACAUAUUGUAACAAAUUCAAUAUCCUAGUCUUCAUUUGUAUGAAUGGUUUGUAUUGUACAUAGUUUAACCAAGUGUUAUUUGAGCUGCUUAUUAAUAUUAACUUGUACUUGUCUCUCUGCUUGUUAUUGGUUUAAAAAAGAAAAAGAUAUGAGGAAUCCAUUUUAUCAAUGUAGCUGUGAAUCCCAUUAAAAAAAAAAAAGAAACGUAAUGUACAAAGCAUUUAUUCAGCUCAAGUAUUGUUGACAACUAUACAUAUACAACAUGACAGUCUGUCUGUAUUUAGAUAUUUUAUUUCUGGACAAAAUGAAAUGUACAUAAAAAUAAAAUGCUUAAAGUUGAGUUUCAA